CCCCGGGACGGCUCGCAGCAGGGCGGUUUCCCCAGGAGACUCGGGAAUGGGGUCUGGGUCUCCACCUUGGCCCUGCCGGGGGGGCAGCGUGGGCAUUGCCUCCCCCUUUGCCCCACAGAGCGGAAGCCGAAGCCGGCGGCCCAGGACGACAUCCCGGUGCCCAAGUUCAAGCGGCGCAAGCGGGAGCCGGAGGCAGCGUUCGUACGGCGCAUGGAGCAGGAGGCGCGGCACGUGCUGUUCCUCACCCAGAACCAGCUGCAGCGCCAGCCCGAGAAGCAGGAGCCGGCCCCGGAGAAGUCUGCCCGGAAGAAGGAGUUCUGGAACAAGAGGCUGGAUAAAGUUCGGAAGAAGAAAGCGGAGAAGAAGGCAGCGAUGCUGGAGCAGACCCUGCUCCAAGACCCUGUGAAGUUUGGGGAGGUGGCCUUGCAGCCCCCGGUGCUCACAGCCAGGCCCCGGAAGAGCACAGACAAGGCCGGUCAAAAGCGGCUCCUGCUGACGUCUCUGCUGGGCCCUGGGCACGUGCCCCCCGUGCCCAAACCUGCCCCUGUGUCCCUGGCACGCCAGCGCAUCCUGGAGGAGGAGAGGGAGAGGGUCGUCCUGGCCUACCGGCGCCUGAGGAAACUCAAGCAGCAGCAGCAGCCGCAGCCAUCUCCUGGCCGCCCUGGCAAGGGCACGCGGAAGAGCCUGCUAUGAGCCCUGAGGCUUGGCUGUCUCAGACAGAUCUGGGAGGGGACUAAAGGGGACAAAACUGGGGGUCUCCCUGGCCCUGAGUUUGCUUGUUCCUUGCAGCCUGGAGCUGGGUGGCAGCAGCAGUCACCUGCUUGAGGGGAAGCUAAGGGACAUCUGGGCGCAGAGCUGAGCUCAGCAAUGACUAGAGACCUCCAUACCUGUGCCGAGCUGGGCAGUGGGACACUCCCUGUCUGUCUCCUGCUGGGAGCUGGCCCUGCCGCGGGUCUAUCACUACCAGGGCAUGGGGACCUGCUGCUAGAGAAGUGAUGCUAUGGGAGCUGGUCUCCUGGUGACAGCCUGGAGCCGAGGCCGGGAGCUCCAGGCACCCUCAAAAGUUCCUGGCUGCGUCUGCCAGGUGGAAUAAAGGCGUCAACAGCAGCAUCUCGUCCUCUCCACUACACCCGGCUUCAACUGUCCUGCGUCCCUAGUGCCAGCAGGUGGCAGCCUGCACCCGCUGUGGCCAGCGCCAGGCUCCAGGCAUGGGGGCUGACAUCGGGAUGUUGCACCCGCGGGUCUUGCACCUGUAGCUGGCACCCUGGCCCACAGGAGAAGGGGAUGCUGCUGGGUCGGAUCCUUGGCUGGGGGCUGUGCUCAGCUUCCCCGUGCAGCAGUGGGGCAUGGCUGAGCUCCCACUCGAGCUGCAUUACAGCCUGCGGCUCUGCCUUGGCACCAGUGCCAGGCAGCUACUUCCACCAGCAGGGAGGUAUAGAGAGGCUCCAGACCUGGGGACCUAGCUGCACAGGCCCCUGGGUCUGCUGUUGCAGCCUUUGGCCGCAAGUCACCUCUGGUCUAGUAGUAGUUUUCACGCUGUCCUAGCCCUUCUCCCCUCCACUCCACCAAGAGCGACAGGCAGCAGCGCCUGGCACAUAAGGGCAGCCUGCUGUGUGCAGCUUAGUCCCUGCCUGAGCUGCUCUGGGGCAGCCUUGACCGGCUUCUUCCCCCGGUGCUGACCACAGGCCAGGCACUGGUAGUUGUCCCGCACAGACCAAGCUCUCAGCUCCAAGCUGUGGGCCUGAGGCCUGGAUCACUUACCCUGCCCCCUGCCAUAG